AUGUAUUCAAACGAUGAAUUGGAUAAUCUACCGAAAUUGAACAAGAUGAUUCCAAAACACAUACAGGAUGUGGUUUCUAUUGGCACUUUCGUCAUAUUGAUGCCGUUAGGCUUUCUGAUUCACCUCUUCUAUAUUAUGCCCACAUGGUGGCCUGCCUUUGGAGAAGCUUGGGUAAUAAGAACAUCCAUUUUUGGAUUUUUGGCUUUCAACGUAUACGUUAACUGGUUCCGCAUGAUACAAACGGGACCAAAUGGUAGUAAAGCUGUUCUUGUUGACAUUGUGAAAUCAGGAUACAGGUUUUGCCAUUCCUGCAGAGCUAAUGCUCCACCCAGAGCUUAUCAUUGUCCAGUCUGUGACGCAUGUCAAUUCCGCAGAGAUCAUCACUGCUCAUUUGGUGCAGUGUGUAUCGGACAUUUCAAUCAGAGAUACUUCGUUGGAGCGAUUCUGAAUCUCUUCGCGUUGCAAACCGUUCUCUCUCUAUAUGCCUGGGAGUUCCUCUGGCUUAACAUGGAUGGCCAAUUUACCAUUCUUAAAGCAUGGCAAAUCGUGUUACCUCACUUAGCUCUCGUUGCAAGGAUUCUAUCAUUCUACCAGUUUGUGGUUGUUCUUUUCUAUGCUUGCAAUAUGACGGUUUUACUGUUUACACUAUACCUGAUUGCAGCCCAAGCAUUCUGUAUCUGGCAGGGUCAAACCAGAGUGGAAUAUCUACUUGAUGUUCAUGCCUAUCAGAUUGGUGUUUUUGGAAAUUUGAAAGAAUGCCUUGGGAGUCGUUGGCCUUUGAUAGCCCUAUCUCCUUUCAUACCCUCACCCCUGCCGUCCGACGGAACCUCCUUCUCAGUUAGAGAAAUCCCAGAACUUUCUCGUGCGAAAGACAUGUAA